CAACAGCAGAUCGUAGUUUGGCAGCCAUUCAGAGUCGCUCAUACUGUGUGUGUGUGUGAGUGUGUGUGUGUGUGUGUGUGUGUGCGCAUGUCCUUUCCACGCUGAAGCGAGGCAGAGCAGCUCGACACACACGCCGCCACAGACAUGAAUCACCUCCUGAAAGUUCCAGUUCUGGCCAGCCGUGCCUUCAGCAGCUCAGCCAGACAGCUGAGGAACAAAGUCCCCGAGGCCCAGAAACUCUUCCAGGAGGACAACGGGUUGCCAGUCCAUAUCAAGGGAGGAACCAGAGACGUCCUGCUCUACCGGGCUACCAUGACCAUAACCAUAGCAGGAACCUGCUACUCCCUGUACUGGCUGCUCGUGGCCUCCAUGCCUCAGAAGAAAGCCUAAAGGAGAAACAACCGCGGGCUCGGUCUAUCGCAUGGAGAACGACGCUCCGCUCUGUCCCACACUGAUGUUUGUUUUGUAGCUAACUUAUGUCUGACUUCAUCACAAGCCAUCCUACUUCCCUAUGGCAACCAUGAAUAUGUAAAAAAUAAACAAAAAACGUUUAAGUU